AUGGCUAGAAGAUCAGGAACUAGGAAAGGGAAAAAGAAGAGUAUACACAAUGUUAGUAGUAAUGAUAAUAAAGCACAAAUUGCUCAAUUAUUAGAUACAAGGCGACAAGACAAGAAUAAGAUUACAAAACCUGCCAGAGAUGUUAAUUUAAAAUUGGAGGAUGCUUUUACCAAUGUAAUGAAGAAAUUUGAAACUAAAAAUAUUACACCAUCAUACAAAGAUAUCAAUCAUCAGUCUAAGGAAAAUGAAAAUGAGAUAGGUCAUGAAUUAGCUACAGUGGCAGAGACUAACUCUAAUAAAAUCGAAGAUGACGUUGAAGAUGAAAAAGAGACGACCGGACUUUCAAAGAGGAAACAACGAAUUAUGAAUAAACCAUCAUUAUCACAAUUGAAAAGUUCUGUAAUCCACCCCGAGGUUAUUGAAUGGUAUGAUUGUGACGCUCCUUAUCCUUAUACAUUGGCAUCCAUUAAGGCUUCGAAAAAUAUGGUACCUGUACCUUCUCAUUGGCAAACGAAAAGAGAAUAUUUAUCAGGGAGAUCAUUACUAUCUAAGAAACCAUUUGAAUUACCAGAUAUAAUUAAAAUGACGGAUAUCGAACAAAUGAGAUCAACUUUACCAACAAAGGAGGACGAAAAAUCUUUGAAAGAAUUAUCAAGAGCAAGAGUACAAGUGAAAACUGGGACAUUAGAUAUUGAUUAUAGACGAACAUAUAAUAUUUUCUUUAAGAUUGGUGCACAAUGGAAACAAGAUUUACUACUACCAUUUGGUGACAUGUAUUAUGAAAAUAGAAAUUUAAAUGAUGAAGCCCAAUGGAGGAAAAUGAUAAAGGAUAAAGUUCCCGGGAAAUUGAGCACAAAUUUAAGAACUGCUAUGGGAUUGGAAGAUGGUCAAUUACCACCUUGGUGUAUGACAAUGAAUGAAAUAGGUAUGCCACCAGCUUAUGCUGGCAUGCAAGUCGCAGGGAUAAAUUGGGAUAUAUCAAAUUUAAAAGACGGAACGUAUGCAAAAGUCACAAACUUACCAAAAAUUGGAAAUAAAAACAAUAAGAGUCAAACAAAGUAUUUUGGAUCAAUUAUAUCGUUUGAGAAAAAUGAUCCAUUAGAAAACGUAUAUGAAAAGAAGGUAAAGGAGCCAGAAGCACAAACUACAGAGGAAGAAAACCAACCUACUGUAGUGGAUAAAAUAACUACCAAAAUAAAUAAUGGUACGAUUCCUCUGACAGAAUUUGAAACAACACAAGCUGUUCCAAAGAGAAGUGAUCAAAUUAACGAAUCUACGAACGAAUCUACGAACGAAAAAUCCUUAUAUACAGUCAUCGAAACAGAGAAUUCUGGUGAGAAAUCUAGCUUGACUGCAUCUACUACUUCAUACAAGCUCCAUGGAUUAAGUAAAAAAGAAAAAUAUCUAACUUCCCAAGAAAGAACAGAUAAUGAAGAUCAAUCCGAAGAGGAAGAACUCCAGAAUUUUAAAUUCUAG